UGUUAGAACCCUACUCCCUCCUCCUCCCUAGUGUUGUGUUAGUUGUUGGUUUUCCCCCAAAAUCAAAAACCCUACUCUUCGGCGGCGGCGGCGGCGGUGGCGGAGGGAGCAUGGACCGCCCGGCUGCCGGCGCGUCGUACCAGCGGUUCCCGCGCGUGCGGAUCCGCGAGCUCAAGGACGACUACGCCAAGUUCGAGCUCCGCGACACCGACGCCAGCAUGGCCAACGCCCUCCGCCGCGUCAUGAUCGCCGAGGUCCCCACCGUCGCCAUCGACCUCGUCGAGAUCGAGGUCAACUCCUCCGUUCUCAACGACGAGUUCAUCGCCCACCGCCUCGGCCUCAUCCCCCUCACCUCCGCCGCCGCCAUGGGCAUGCGCUUCUCCCGUGACUGCGAUGCCUGCGACGGCGACGGCUCCUGCGAGUACUGCUCCGUCGAGUUCCACCUCGCCGCCCGCGCCACCGACUCCGACCAGACGCUCGAGGUCACCUCCAACGACCUCCGCUCCACCGACCCCAAGGUCUGCCCCGUCGACCAGGCCAGGGCAUACCAGCACGCCCUUGGCGGAAGCGAACCCUUCGACACUGCUGCUGCUGCAGACCAGAGGGGCAUACUAAUUGUCAAGCUGCGUCGGGGCCAAGAGCUAAGGCUCCGAGCAAUUGCUAGGAAGGGAAUCGGCAAGGACCAUGCGAAGUGGUCCCCUGCUGCUACUGUGACUUUCAUGUAUGAGCCUGAAAUACGUAUUAAUGAAGAACUCAUGGAAACAUUAACACUGGACGAAAAACGAAGCUUGGUGGAGAGUAGCCCUACAAAAGUGUUUAACAUUGAUCCCAACACCCAACAGGUGGUGGUUGAGGAUCCAGAGGCAUAUACAUAUGACGAUGAGGUUAUCAAGAAAGCAGAUGCCAUGGGAAAGCCAGGAUUGAUAGAGAUCAAUGCUAAGGAGGACAGCUUUAUAUUCACUGUAGAAACAACCGGUGCCAUCACAGCUUAUGAUCUGAUAAUGAACGCUAUCACUGUCUUGAGGCAGAAGCUGGAUGGUGUUCGUCUACAAGAUGAUGAUGGCGACCUUGGUGAACUUGGUGCCCAUCUUGUUGGAGGCUAAACACGGAGCUGCUCGUCUUAUGUUACUCCCAUCAGUAGGCUUCUCUAACUAUCGUGCUAGAGGCAAAACAUGAUGAUUUCUUUGUUUAGACAUCUAGUGCCUAUAAUCUGUACUUGAACUUUGUGUGGACGCACUGGACUAAAUUUGAUGGGAAAUCGACACACAAUCCAGCUCAUCUCUGGAACAAAUGCCCAGCUGCUAGUAAUACUGAUUGCUGUUCACC